AUGACUUCGGGCACCGACACCCCAGGCGCGGCGGAGGUGGACGAAGCGCAUCAUGGCGGAGGGUCCGGCGAUGCCACCACUCGCCCAAAGAGAAUGGCAUGCGUUCUGUGCAGAAAGAGGAAGUUGAAAUGCGACGGGGACAAACCGAGCUGCGGGACUUGCUCCAGGCUCAAGCACCAUUGCGAAUACUCGGAAGAACGAAAGAAGAGCGGCCCCAAAAGAGGCUAUGUCAAACUGCUAGAGGCGCGCCUCAAGCAAGUCGAGAAUCUAUUGGAAUCAAGAGAUAUACCCGGGGAGAUUGGCUCUUCUGCUGCGCAGACCUCAAGGGCGCCCGAUACAUACAUUUCUGGUUCGCCCCAACCGCCAAUGGGUGUUCCGUCCUUUGAGGGCGCCUCUAUGUCAGGUCUGAUGCAAGACGGCAAUUUUACCGAUCCCGCUCUGGGUGGGAUCAAUGAUUUUCCCAUGAAUACGGACGAUGAUUUUUCCUGGGAAAUGAUAGGUCUGGGUUUGGAGGAGGCAUUGCCGCCACGAGAAGUUGUAGAUGAAAUGAACGAAAUCUAUUUUCAGAAGAUUCAUCCAUCAAUGCCCAUGAUCCACAAGGCCAGAUAUCUCGCUUCAAUGGAUCUGGCCCCUUAUAUUCGCCCACCAGCAAGUCUGAGGUAUGCAAUGUGGACGAAUGUGUGCUCCGUGACACCGAAAUACACUGCUUAUACGGAACCUUUCUACGCGCGGGCGCGCAAAUAUGCCGAAAUGGACGAAAUGAAGGGUCACGGAGAAAGCAUGAUCACGCUCGCUCAUUGUCAAGCCUGGGUGCUGCUGUCCUGUUACGAGUUCAAACUCAUGUAUUUCCCGCGGGCUUGGAUGAGCGUUGGUAGAGCCGCGAGGUUGGCCCAGAUGAUGGGCUUACAUCGACAAGACCGGCUCGGGCUCGAUGUCAAACAGACAUUACCCCCUCCACGAGAUUGGACUGAACGCGAAGAACGACGGCGGACCUUUUGGUUGACGUAUUGCCACGAUCGAUAUGCAUCCAUGGGGACUGGAUGGCCCAUGUGCAUGGAUGAGCACGAUAUCCUCACCAACUUGCCUGCCAGCGACGAGGCCUUCAAUACAUGUCAUCCGGAACCCACGCUUCAGUUAUCAGAUCUUUUGAACGGAGACGGAGCGUCAUCACUUUCGUCGUUUGGAGGGAUGAUCCUCAUGUCGACGCUCUACGGCCGCAAUCUGACCCAUCUUCACCGGCCUUCGGAGCAAGACAAUGAUCACGAUCUCAAUGGUGCUUUCUGGAAACGACACCGAUCUUUAGACAACAUUCUUCUCAACACAUCGUUGUCGCUGCCGCCUCAUCUUCGCUUGCCGGCAGGCAUCAACGACCCGAACACCGUGUUCGUCAACAUGAACAUCCAUACGGCGACUAUAUGUUUACACCAAGCCGCCAUCUUCAAGGCCGACAAGAAUCAAUUACCUGCCCAGAUCAGUGCCGAAUCGAAACGUCGAUGCAUUGUCGCAGCAGACCAGGUCACCAACAUCAUGAAGAUGAUCAGUCACAUGGACUUGUCCGCGAUGAGUCCAUUCUUUGCAUUCUGCCUCUACGUCGCUGCGCGGGUCUUUGUCCAGUAUCUCAAGGCGAGAAAAGACGAUGCGGCCGUGAAAUCGUCAUUGCACUUCCUCCUCACUGCCAUGCAGGUCUUGAAAUCCACGAAUCCCCUGACCGAGUCCUUUCUGGUUCAACUCGACGUUGAUCUGGAAGGGAGUGGCCUUGACCUUCCCAAUAGCGCUUCACGGUGGAAGUUUGGCCAUCGACCACCGGGUGAAUCUCCUGCCAACACCGAUUCGAUAAAAUGUUCUCCGCUGUUCGAGAUACGCGAGGGUCAACAGCAACAUCAUCCUAUUAUGAAUGGCGUCAUCCCCCCCGCUGUGAAGACGAAUUCCGACGCGUCGACGUUCAGCAGCUCCUACCCUAGUUUGUAUGCUUCCGGAGAUUCCAGUAGUGGCGGCUACACGGUUCCGACGGGACCGGGGUCAAUGAAUGAGAGGUUCGACAACACAUUCGAACUGCCACUGCAAUCGGUCGGCAUCGACACUUCUCCCGAGGGCACCGGCUCGGGCUCGAGAUCACAAUCCAACCAUCCAACGCCGUCAACGGUAUCCCAGCAAAAUUCGUCGUCCACCUCACACACGUCCCCUCCUAACCCGUCCAUGUCAUUUGGCGGCAAUGGUGGCCAGAACGCACGACAACAGCCAUCGCCGGGGUUCGGUCUAGGCAACAACGAUGGUUGGAGUGCCAUCGCUCCCACAAAUCCAUUGGGCGAAGGGGUUUCGGAUCAAGCACAAAACUUGAUUUUUGGCAGUACAGGCAUGACCCCGGGGCCCGAUUCCAUAUGGCCGGCAGGGGGGUUAGGCGAGGGGAGUGACUGGAUGUUCGGUUGGUCCGGGUCGACACCACAGCCUCAAUGA